UAAGUUGAGGAACUCUGUAUCUAUCUGAUUUUACUCAGGGUGCAGUGCGGGAACGGCCUAUCUUCAGUAAUUCGUUUCAAGUCCACCGUAUAUAGACCGGAUGGGCUGACACGGCCUGUACUCCAAGUUAUUCCCCUUUCCAGGCGCCUGGUUGCCGGAGCUUGUCGCUCCACUUAGAUUCGUAUCAAUGUCCGCCAAAGCUAUGGAGCCAACCCCGAAAUCGGCUGAGACUGUCGCCUGCGCACCUUCGCUUAGCCAAGGCACGGUCACCAGUAAAUGGCAAGAGACGGUUGCCGAACUGAAGUACACAUUCUUGACCAAGGAUGGGUGGAUUGGGGACUACGACUACCUAUAUCUUAUCACCCCUAACAUAUGGCCUUUGAACAAGAAAUACAAAGACUACAAGGCGCCGUUCUACGGUCUGAACGACAGAACCCCAGUCCUCCUCACCCUGUUGCUUGGCCUGCAGCAUGCCCUGACUAUGAUCGGUUCCAUUGUCUCGCCGCCUCUCGCCAUUGCUUCUGGAGCAUUCAACUUCGACUCGGCCGUGACGGAGUAUCUCGUAUCGACUGCGUUUAUCGCAACCGGCAUCGCGACGGCGCUUCAAGUCACACGCCUCCAUAUCAUGAAAACGCCGUUCUUCGUCGGUACGGGCUUGCUUUCCGUUGUUGGUCCAACCUUCGACAUCUUGCCCAUCGUUUUCAACUACGCUGCCCUUCGAUAUAACACCGGUUCUUGUCCGGUUCUUGAUGACGGCACCCAGGGCCCUUGCCCGGAUGCAUGGGGCGCGUGCUUAGGCACCAUGCUCUGCUGCGUCUGGAUCCAGAUCGCAAUGGCCUUUGUCCCACCCAAGAUGCUGAACAAAGUGUUUCCCAAGCUCAUUACCGGGAGCUUGCUUACCCUCGUCGGUAUCUACCUGGUCGGAAACGGGCUGCAGAACUGGGGUGGAAGCUCGAACUGUCAUGGCGGAGAAGGUUUCUACGCGCUUUGCCCAGACGUUUCUGCGCCGAAGCCGCUUGCAUGGGGUCAUCCGAAGCUGAUCGGUCUUGGUUUCAGCGUUUUCGCUACCAUCAUCCUUGUGGAAGCCAUCGGGGCGCCGCUUAUGCGCUCAGCCUCGGUCAUUAUCGGUCUCGCCGUGGGAUGCAUCAUCUCUGGCGCCACGGGGUACUGGUCAACAGAGCAGCUUCAACAAGCACCCGCCGGCACAUUUCUCUGGGUACAUACGUUCAACCUAUCGGUUGAUGGCGCUCUUGUGCUGCCGAUGAUCAUCAUGUUUGCCUGCCAGGCCGUGAGCUGUAUCCCGGACAUCCUCGCCACAGCUGAGCUUUCCGACGUCCCCAUAGAGGGCACAGAGUUCAAUAGCCGGAUCCAAGGUGGCAUUCUCUGCGACGGGCUGGGCAGCUUCUUCAGCGCACUGGCAACCGGUCCGCCCAUGGUUUCACAGGCCGGGAACAACGGCGUCAUUGUGCUCACGGGUUGCGCAUCUCGUCGCGCAGGCUGGGCAGCAAGUGGCUUCCUCGUACUCAUGGGCAUAAUCGCGAAACUCGGCGCUGUAUUCGCCUCCAUGCCACCUUCCGUCCUCGGUGGCAUGCAAGUCUUCCUCUACAGCACCAUCGCCGUGGCCGGUAUCCGCGUGCUGGCACUCAUCGCCUGGACGCGUCGCGAUCGCUUCAUUCUGGCCGUCGCGCUGGGCAUCGGAUUUAUGGACAUUUGCCAGCCGGAUUGGUUUGCCAGCAUUCUAGAUUACAGUGGGCCCAAUGUGAAUCUUGUAGGCUUUGAACAGGGGAUCAAUCUUGCGGUCGAGACGCCGUUUGUUAUUGCGGCGAUUGUGGGCGUGUUCUUGAAUGCGGUGUUGCCGCGGGAUAGGGGCGAGAUGCCGAGAGUGAAUAUGGGGUAUGGUGAUGAGCAUAAGCAUCCUGGUCUGGGACAGUAGCGGUGAGGGGCGUUAGUCAGCCAG